GGGGCCCGGGCCGUCUCGCGACGCCGCCGCCAUCUUCCUCAGGGCGGGAACCCGCGCGCUUUUUUCCCCACCCCCACCACCACUCUCUCUUUAAAGACUAAAUUAUUUAAUCAAGGCGAAUGCCAUCGCCACCACCACCACGGCGAUUGUAACCGCUUCAUCUUGCUACCCCGCCGUCGCCGUGAGCCUGUUCUGACAUACGUAAAACAAUGUCUGGAAUAGCAUUGAGCAGAUUGGCCCAGGAACGUAAAGCGUGGAGAAAAGACCAUCCGUACGGUUUUGUUGCGGUUCCUACAAAAAACCCUGAUGGGACACUCAACCUCAUGAACUGGGAGUGUGCUAUCCCUGGGAAGAAAGCUACCCCAUGGGAAGGCGGACUGUACAAACUGCGAAUGCUCUUCAAAGACGACUACCCUUCCUCGCCUCCCAAAUGCAAAUUCGAGCCGCCUCUUUUCCACCCCAACGUGUACCCAUCGGGUACCGUGUGCCUCUCCAUCCUGGAAGAAGACAAGGACUGGAGGCCUGCCAUCACCAUCAAGCAGAUCCUGUUAGGAAUCCAGGAACUCCUCAAUGAGCCCAACAUCCAGGAUCCAGCCCAAGCAGAGGCAUACACCAUUUACUGUCAAAACAGGGUGGAGUACGAGAAGCGAGUCCGUGCGCAAGCAAAGAGGUUUGCCCCGUCGUAAAAAGGGCCCACGUUGCACCGCGCCGGGCAAGAAGAGCGUCGUCUCCGUUUGGAAAGCGAGAAAGAAACAAGCCGACGAGCUUGUGCCUUGGCGAUCGAUUUCACCUGCAUUCGCUAUGCAUUUUAUUUGGUCCCUUUAAGCAGUUUUGUCAAAAAAGAAAAACGGCAAAUCUUGAAGAGACUCGGGCACAUUACAGACUUGUGUCUCAUCAGCGCCGCGCAGAAGUAAAGGGGCGUGUUUACCUUAAGGAAGGCGGUCGGUCGACGUAGGUUAGCGCUCUAGAUAGAGAAUGUCUUCAUCUUUAAAGCUGUAGUGUGUUAACUGCUUCCUUUUGAGUUGUAAAGCGUUAUGCUCGAAGCUUUAUAAAAGUGAAGCAGGCUCUAAGCAGUAUAUCUAGGCUAUGUUCUUGUUUAAUUCUUGUUAGGUCAGUUUUGAUUUUUUUUUGUGUUCUGAGCAAGAAGAAUGGGUACCUGCGGCACAUUAAAAUUGUAAAUUUCAUUGGGUGUAUAUUCAGGUGGUGUUUUCCCAUUGCGGAAGCUCCAUUUGAAGUAUAUCGUGAAUUUAUCCCCUGGCAAUCAAUACAUCUGAACCAUAUUAAUUGAUUGCGUGUUCCAGCCGGUUUUUCAGAGGUGCCAAUGUAAAGCUGAAAUUGAAUACAAUGCUAACCUUGGUGGCAAAAACAUUUAGAGCAACCAGUCAUGUGCAAUCUGGAAAAUCUGGUCCGGUACUUGUAGUUCACUUGGAGUGCAGUUCAGCUGAAAGAUCUGCGUUUUACUUUUUAAGUUGCCUGUCGGUUUAAAUUGCCACAAGAACCACUGCUUUUCAGAAAAGCCCAAAAUUUAAGGAUGCCUCUAUUCUCUGUUGGUAAGAUAUUUGCUGCAAGGUGCUGCAACGACUUUUAUUACUCGUUUAAAUAUUCCCUUUUUAACAAUGAUGGUCAGAGUUGGGUGGACAGUGAAGGGUAACAAUGUCCACCAGAUUUAGUGCAGCAUAUAAUUGUUCCAAAAAUCAUUCUUGUUCUCUGGAGAGCAGGCCAAAUGUUGCAUUGUCAAGGUGACACUACUUAGUAAAUUACAUUUGUGGAUUCUUAAACAUGCUCUUGAAUUUAAUGUUAACGUUAAAAGUUAGUCCCUUCGUGUCACCACCUUGGCUGAACAGACCCAAUAGGCAUGGGUGUGCAUCUUGUUCUGUUGAGCCAUGGCUAUGUUUUCUGGUUAUUGUUGUGUACAGGUAAACAGUAUAAAAAUAUCAACUCGUUGUACAUUUGUGGAUGGCAUCUGCUGGAAAAAAAUGCAGAAACUAUCUUGAAUUGUUUACUUAAUGUCGUGUUUUUCCAUUAAUUCGGGUUAAGGGCCAUCGGAUAAACAGACCUGAAUUAUGUACACCGAUGUAUAGUUAGAGAACGUAUCUCUAUACGAGGAAAGUUUGUGUGGGCUUUUAACUUGUGUUUUUUGAUACGCUUCAGUGCGGCCGUCUCAGAUCUGCAGGAAUUUCUGAACUUCACAGCAGGAGCACCCUGUGUCAGCAGGGAAAAGUGCCAUUUAUUUUUGUUCCUGCUGUAAAAUAUUAAUUUGCUAUUAAAUACAGCAACAGCCCCUGACAUGGCUUGUUUAAGGAAGAUGCAAGCCAACCGCGAAUGGUUUCCGUAGACACGUACAUCAGCUUUGUCUGCCGGGUUAUCCAAAACGAAUAAAUUUAAAGCUUUGCUAAGAGAGAGGAAAACAAACGCUCUAAAGUUAGAGUCGAGCAUUGCAUUGACGUUACAAUAUGAAAGUGUCAUUGCUAUCAUGAUGUGCUUUAGCUUAACGUUACAGUAUGAACGACGCUUCAAGUAUAUGCUAAACAAACUAGGAUACAGGUGAUGUAUGCAUCUACAAGAUAACAAUAAGAUAAAUACUUGCAACGAACAAACGCUUUUUUUUUGCCUUGUCUGGUGACUCAAAAAAACAGGCCUUUUCACAAUGGUUUCACUGCAAAUGACUUAAGUCAAGGAAUAAUGCUAUUAGUGUGCACUAUUGGUAAAUUAGUUUUCCGCUGAGUGGCACUCCAUUUAUUUUAGUACCUUUUGUUACACCAUAAAACAAUGGCUUCAUUCUGGCCAAAAUGAAAAAAGCUGGUGUUGCCGGCCAUAAACAUGUGCAUGAUUUUAUUACUGUCAUUUGUAAAUGGGUCUUUUUUUUCCAUUUGGAAAAAUAUCUGAUUGAUUCUAGCAGGAAGGGGAUCAUGGGAAUGGAAAUAUGCUAUUUUUUCUGAGGUACCAACACAGGCAAUAUGCAAUGAUAGCAGUUGAAGCCCACUUAAAGGGAAUCUGAAGGGGACAUUUGUUUGAAUAUGCAUUUUACUAUAUUUCACCGUGAUCUGAUUUCAUUGUAAUUAUACUUGUAAACCUGUUUCACUGAGGUUAAAAUUAAACGCUGCACGUAUUUAAUGUUUGUAAUAGGUAUAACGCCUGACACGGCAGCAAUACCAUCACAGUUAAUGUUAUCCUUUCAAUUAGGAGGUAAUAUUUUUCUUGAAUGUAAAUUGUGAUAUUUUAUUUGGACAAAAAUAUGAAAUGCCACGCAAUUAUGGGACAAGUGGAACACUUUCUGAACCCCUUAUUUUUAACGCAGAGCAGUGAUGAAUUGAGUUAAUAAACAUUGUCUACAACCUGGGUGAUGUGUGAUACAGAUAUAAAAUGACCAUUAGUUCACUGGGGUCAAGAAUCAAAAUAACAAGACAAUUUUUUUUCGUUUUCGGUGCAAAAAAAUAUCUAUUUCGAGAGUCGAAAUGUAUGUGAAUGGUCCUUGAUGUAAUGAAGCAGUUCCUUAAAGAGCUGUACGUGGCUCCGGACCCCCCGAGUUAUCCGAAGCGAAAUGUCGGUGUUAAAAUAUCCACCGUGAAUUCGAAGCUUAAACUGAAAUUCGCCAACAGUUAAUUUUCACCAAAAUUUUGCCGCUUUGUAAUAUGUAUAAUUACACGGUAAUGUUCUUUCGCCCACGUGAUUUAGUCUCCAGUAUGAGUUUGCCGUAGGUAAAAUUCUGACGUCGCAGUUUUUGGAAGAAUAUCGUUUGUACAGGGGAACCCGACGUGUGAGCUGAGCGUGCAGGUCUCGAUUCGUACGUGGUGCUUUAUAACAGGCUGUGCACAUCUUAACCUCUGAACGUGUUACUUUGCCGAAUAAACUCUUUGAAUAAACGCA